UUUUUUUGCUUUUACACUCAUUUUUUCAGAGUGAAACACAAAGCUUAAAGCAAAAAAGAAAAAAAAAAAAAAAAGUGCCAUUCUCUUUGAUCAGUUUUGUUGUUCUUUCUUUCUUUCUUUCCCCUUUUUCCCUUUCCCUUUCCCUUUCCCUUUCUCUCUUCUUCUUAAUCCCCCAAUGGACACUGCUCAUUGGCCGCAGUUUGCAGGUGGUGGUGGAGUGGUUGUUAAACAAAUGGAAGGAGGAGGAGGAUCAUCAAGUUCUUGUUCAAAGCCUAAUAGUGGAAAUGGAAAUGGAAAUAAUUUGUUGGAAAGAAAAGUAAGAGGUGAAAAGGAGCAAGCUUUAAAGUGUCCGAGAUGUAAUUCGAGUAACACAAAAUUCUGUUAUUACAACAAUUACAGCCUGUCGCAACCAAGGUAUUUUUGUAAGGCUUGUCGGAGGUAUUGGACUGAAGGUGGUUCUUUAAGGAAUGUUCCAGUAGGUGGCGGCUCAAGGAAGAACAAAAGAUCUUCACUUUCUUCUUCUUCCACUUCUUCUGAUCAUAAUAAGAAAAUCAACGCAUCUCAUCAAAUCAUCAAUCAUCAAGAUCUCAAUCUUGCAAUCUUCCCUCCAAACAACAACAACAACAACAACAAUACUUCUAUCUCUACUUCAUCUUCUUCUUCUCAUCUUUUGGCUUCUUUCAUGACGGCACCGGCAACCGGAAUGUUCAAUAGCAGUGGUGGGUUUGGAUUGAACGAGUUGAAGCCACCUGCAAGCUUAAGUUUUUCACUGGAAGGGUUUGAUCAGAAUGGUGUAAGAGGGUAUGGGGAUCUUCAUCAUCAUCAUCAUCAAGAUCAGACGGCUGUCAUGUUUCCAAUUGAAGAUAUGAAGCAAAGUAAUGAUCACGAGGACAAUAGGGGAGGACUUGGAGGGGAUAAUAAUAAUAAUACUAAUAGUAAUAAUAAUUCAGGUGGGAGUACUGGAUUUUGGAAUGGAAUGUUGGGAGGUGGAUCGUGGUAAUAUUUUUAUUUUUCACUUUUGAAAACAGAUGUUCACUUUGCUAGAAAAAGAAAGAUGAAGAAAAAUGGUGUGUGCUUUUUUCUUUUCUUUACUUCAUAGUUUGGUGUUGGGUGGGGUGAUUUUGUUUUGUGGGGUUUUGAUGGAAAGAAAAACUAACAAUAGGGUUUUUGUUUUUCCUCUCUUAUGGUUCCUUUUUGUGUGUGAGAGUGUGUGUGUGUGUAAUCUUUUUAUUAUAUAGAGGAUUUGGAUGGUUUUGAAGCUUUGUUUUCAGGUCAGCUUCAAAUGAAUUGACAUUUGAAAUUCAGUGGAAA